UUCCGAACCAAGUGUAGCAAAAUAGCCGUACUUUGUUUACGUCCCGUCGGUUAGCUGACAGCCGCCGUAGCGCUUUAACUGCACUAACAAACCCGUGUGUUUGUCUGCGUUGGAUGCCCUGAGUUCCGUAAACUUUCCACUGGGUAUCCCGGGUGUCGGGCAUGGACUGUUUCGUUGAAUGAGGGGGACCCGCUGGAUGCCGACAGGAGGAUGAACUCCAUCACCGGUCGGGUUCUCGCCAUCCCCGCCGCCUCUGUCACCAACUCUGGAGCAUCAUCCUCUCGAGCCUUGCAUGUGGAGCUCACAUCUCAGCAGAGACGAUUGCGUCACCUCCGGAGCAUCGCAGCCAGAAACAUCGUCAACAAGAAUGGUUCGCCGCUGCUGGACACGUACUUCACCCUCCACCUUUGUAUAGGAGACCGCAUAUCUAGAGAUUUUUACAAGAGUGAAGUCAUUCGGGACUCACUGAAUCCAACGUGGCGAAGCCUGGACUUUGGCAUGCUGCCGGACCUUUUGGACACCUCGGUAUCUUGCUUCGUGGUGCGGAUCUGGGGAGGACAGGACGAGCAGUAUCAGCUCCUCAUAGAAUGGAAGGUCAACCUGGAUGGCCUCAGAUACACAGGACAGCAGAUUCGAUCCAGGAAUCCAAAUGAGAUCAUAUUUGGAUUGAACGAUGGCUACUAUUCAGCUGACUUUGAUCAUAAGGAUCAGUCAGAACGGAAGAAAAACAGUCAGCUUCAGGUCGACCAGAGUUCAGUUCGGAACUCCUACAGCGUCUUCUCUUUGCUCAGGCUUCACACGGCCCAGAGAGCCAUUAAACAGACCCAAGUGACGGUGCAGAGGAUCGGAAAGGAGAUCGAGGAAAAACUGAGGACGACGGCAUCCUGCACAGAGCGGAAAAAAGAGAGGGAGUGCAUGCAGCUGCGAAUCGCCGUGCUGCGAAGCGAACUGGAGCGACAAACCAAGGCGCUCGGCCGGGAAACGGACCUGAGGCAGAAGGAGAGGGCACAGCUUCAGAAGAAAGAGGAAGCUUUUGCCGCUCAGCACGAGAGUCUAAAGGAAGAGAAAGAAUCCCUCACCAAGCUGCAGAAGGAAUGCACGGCCAAAAGAGAGCAGUUCCUCAAGUCCAACGCCCAGCUCACCUUCCGCUGUCGGCAGCUCCUGUCUGAGCUCUCCUACAUCUACCCCAUCGAUGUGGCGAAUCAGUCCGAUUAUGUCAUCUGUGGAGUGAAGCUGCCAAACUCCGAAGACUUUCAAGCAAAGGAUGAUGGGAGUGUGGCUGUCGCCCUGGGUUACACGGCGCACCUGGUCCUGAUGAUCUCGUGCUUUCUGCAGAUUCCUCUUCGGUAUCCGGUCAUCCACAAGGGUUCGCGCUCCUCCAUCAAAGACACCAUCACCGACAGACUCUCGGAGAAGGAGAGAGAGUUCCCGUUGUAUCCCAGAGGAGAACGUUUUCAUUUCGAGUAUGGCGUCUACUUACUGAACAAGAACAUCGCCCAGCUGAGAUAUCAACAUGGACUGACCACCCCGGACCUGCAGCAAACAUUACCCAACCUGAAGAACUUCCUGGAACAUGGACUGAUGGUCCGAUGUGACCGCCACGCCUCCAGCUCCAUCCCGGUUCCCUCCAAGUCGCAGCUCAGUGUUUCCACUGCCUCCGAGAUCGGAUACCCGUUCCACGCCGGCUCCCCGGACCGAGGCGUGAGGAAACGGGCGAGUUCCGAGGCCGACAAACAGAGGCUCAAAGCCACGCCUCCGCCCAGCUACGACACCGCCACAGCCGAGGAGCCGCCACCGCCAGCCGGCCUCGCACCGCCCUCUCCCUCUCCCAAACACCUGUCGUCCUCGCUGGACGCCGGCAUGGCCUCGCUGAACCUGGGAAAACCACCGGACGCUGACAAAGAGGCGGGGCCAGGAGAGAAGACGGAGGUGGCGGAGGAGGUGGAGACGAAUGCUGAAGAAGAGAUUAAAGUCGAAACAGAAGAACAGACUGAGGCUCAGCCCGACUCCUCUAUGACCCUGGACGCCGGCGAGGAAAUGGCACCCGCCGCUCAGCACACAGGCGCCAUGAACGGGUCCGUGGUGGCGGGACAGGCGGCGGUCAGCCUCGUCCCGGAGCUGCGAUGUUCGGUGGAACAGGCCGAGGAGAUCAUGGGUACCGAGGCCACAGGUCUGGCUCUGGGUCUGGGCCUGGGUCUGGGUCUGGGGGACGGGGCCCAGGUGGAGGACUACCGCUGCAUCCCCGUGGACCACGCCGUCGCCGUGGAGAGCGACGACCAGGUGUUGGGCGAGUUGGACGCGGCUGGAUUCGAGGAGUUCUCCAGACGCAUCUAUGCACUAAACGAGAACAUGUCCAGCUUCCGAAGACCCCGCAAGAACUCAGACAAGUGAGACGGAGGACGAGGACGGACGGAGGCGGCAAAGACUAAUGCAGGCAGGGACACGGUGGGACGCCCACUCCCACAAUGCAUCAGAAAACAUAGGAGAUACCUGGAAUUACGACCAAUUUGCACUUAUGGUAACGUCCACUUUAGAAUAACAGCUGGAGUGGGAGUAUUGGGACAGCACGCUUUGG